CUUAUCAGUUACCUAACCUCGACUUACACAUUUACCCCUCACCCUCACCCAGUUAUUCUUUCACAUGGUACCGUGCCGAACUGUUGAAUAAACAGUCCAGCUACGUCUUCCGUGUAUAAGUAUGAGCUUGGGCACAUCUCGUUCUCGUGGGUUCUCGCGUUACACUAUGUUGGUCCUUUUUCAGAUGUAGCUACCCGGUAAACAAACACCAUGGCCGGUGAGCCCAAGGAUUCGGGCGUUUCGUUCGCGCCAUUUUUCGACCGCUGCAAGCUACCGGCAAGCGUUAAACACGACUGUGAUACAUUCGUAACGACAAGAUAUUCCGAGACAGCGCGACCCGCUCCGUUCCAGGGUUACUGUUCGUAUACGGUCUUCGUCGGAGAGGAAAUAGUCGUCCAGUUUCGGCCAUUGGCCCACAAGCUCGACAUCGGCAUCACGAAUGCCGCUUGCAAGAUCUUCGGUCCCCUAGCUCCCAAAACCGAGUUUCUAGGAGAGUUAGGAAGUACAGGUCUUUAUGCCUUCUCCAUGAGAAAAAUACCGGGGGUCUCUUUGGCGGAUCUUCGCGCCGAAACCAAAACUCUACAGGCAAAGUCGCGACGAGAGCAGAUUGUGCGCGAUUUCGCGCAUUUGCAAGCCACGAGCUGGAUUCACGCAAUAAAUCAUAGUGAUGUACGGGGGAAAAGGAUGGUGGGCUCCUCGUUACGCUGGCGAAUGGAGCUUAUGGCAAAGAAUCUUCCCUCUCGUUUUCGCGGCAUCGCGAGGUCUGUUCUUGCCGACCUGCCGGAAAUCGAGGCACUACCAUGGACACUAAGCCAUGGCGAUUUCUUACCUUCGAAUAUAAUGGUAUGCCCAGAAUCCGGAAAACUGUUGGGUCUGCUCGACUGGGCUGAGGCCGAAUAUCUUCCUUUUGGUGUUGGUAUGUAUGGCCUGCAGGAAUUGCUCGGGGAAGACAAAGAUGGGCAUUUCGUCUACUAUCCCGAAGCCAAGCACCUUCGUAAUUUAUUCUGGGCGGAACUCUCCUCCAAGCUUCCUGAGUUAUCGCGAAACUCUAAGCAUGUUGCGCUUAUUCGAAAAGCUCAAAUUCUAGGCAUAUUCCUGUGGCAUGGUAUCGCUUUUGACGAUGGUAAAUUAGAUCGUACUGUUGAAGAGGGGAAGGAUGAUGGGGAGAUCAAAAGACUGGAUGCUUUCCUGCUGUCUCGUUCAGGGAUACGGCCUCCAAAGUUAUGGUCUAUUCGUCCGAUUAUGGACUCACCUAUUGUGUUUAUACGUGGGCUUCUGUCUGGGGAAGCACAUUGUUAAUAGUAUCUCCUAUGGGCUCCUACUGUAGAAGUAGCGCGUAGGUCUACGCAUGUAUAUGUAUGACGAAUGUUCAAUAUGCUACAAGUAUCUGUUAUCUAAAUAAUUAUAGCUCUAUGUAGAGAUUGAAGGUCCUUGGACGAAGUAACACAUUGUCCAUCGACCUGGGACUAAUCGCCCUACAACACCCAUGGGUAUCAUCAGUAAAAAGUCAGUAUAUACUCUUUAU